GUUAGCAGGGUUAUGAAUAAGCGCUAAUUAAAAACCAAACCAAAUCCAAACAAAUCCAUUACCGGUCUGUAGUGUAUUUAUGUUCAUCUAGCUAGCAUAAUACUGAUAAAAAGAAGCAGGUGGAGCUUUCCAUUUGAUGACGUCGUUCGAAGAAAUAUUUUUAACUAUAUAUUUAAGCGACUAUAUAGUGACUUUUUAAAUGUUAUGAUAUUUCGCAUAUGGAUAUAGACAAUUUGGUGAAGUAACUGUUCACCUAUGUAAAUUUGAUGCAUUUUUUUCAAAAAUGUCCUAUGGUCGUUGUUAGACGAGUUAUUUUAUUGCGAAUCCUUACUCUGAACAGUUUCUAGUUGUAUUCAUCAGUUAGGACGCUCGCCAACCAUGCACAUGGUCCGGGGUUCGAUCCUCGGCCGAUGCACACCUGGUAUCAGUGGUCUGCCCGCUAAAUUUGGGCUACCGAUAUCACAUGCUAAAAAUUCCAUACUUGUACGAAAAUAGUGUGUGAAAUCAAGUUAUGACAAAGAAUUGAAUGAAAAAAUUAUGUGGUGUUUGCGUUCGAACCCCUGUUGGUAUUUGAUUGAUUACAGGUUUGAUCACGAGUAUACAUUAAUUACAGAACCUUUGGAAAACCACACACACAAUGUUAUACAGUAAUAUUUACUGAUAACUACGUCUCAAGCGCAAUUUAUUACUGCUCAUAAUCAUAUCAAAGUACUCACUCGACUUCCUUGCUUCAUUUAUAUACAUGAGUAAAACUGAUCAGACAUUUGAAUAAAAUUAAUAUACGAUGGAGUACAUUCGGGAGUAAUAUUAGUGUUAUCAAUAAAAUACAAUCAGAUAGAAAAUAAGAUGUUUUUAUAGUAAAGUAAAUAACUUGUUAGAAUGUUAUAAGAUGAAUUGUAUACAUUUUGACAUUAUUUAUUAUCCUCUGACUUGACUGGUGAUAAUAAUAUCUUCCAUAUCUCCGGUAUUUGCGUUAAAUCACUUCUAUUGCAUGUGUUGGGUGUAGACUCGAUAAACCAGGAUUCAGUAAUCAACGUCUCUCUCCAACUACCUAUAUUACUUAGAAUUUUUACUCUGUCCCACCCUAUUGUGUGGUUGUGUGUUAAUGCAUGCAGUGCGAUUGCUGAGUUUUUCCCUAAAUUACUUAUCUUAAUAGGAUCAAUCAUUCUACCCUUAGCUAAAUUCUUAUAUUUUGAUAAUCUCACUACUCCAGAUCUACCACUUUGAAGUCGACCUCACAGUCACUGCCAAGUAUUUUGUAAAUUACAUUAUUUUGUUUAAUUGGGUCCACCGGGUCUUUUAGCCUGCACAGCUUGUACUGCCUGAGUCUGUUUGUACGUUCAAAUGCCACUCUAAUUCCUGCUCUACUAAGAAUCCCACGUAGGGUCUCAGAUGUCUCCUUAUGUUGUAAAACUGUAGAUGCCUUUUGUUCUUUCUUAUUUUUGUUACCAUUAUUAGUUUCAUCAUUAUUUAUUUUACCAUAAAAAAUAUCUUAUUUCCCAUCUUGAAAUAAUAGAGAGUAUUUGUGGCUCAGAUGAAUGAUUUGCAAUUAGUUGUGUUCGCUGUCCUGUUUGGUUUAAUUGCAAAGCUUUUGUCGUCAUUCUGGACAACAUCUUCAGCGCAAAUUUUAACAUAAGAUGAACUGAUUUAAGUUCUCCAUGAAUGACAGAAUUGUGUCUCCUGACAACCAUCUUCGUGACUGGGAGUCGAUAUCCAUCUUAUUGCAUUUUAUUGAUAACACUAAUAUUACUCCUUAUCGUAUAUUAAUUUUACUCAAAUGUCUAAUCAAUUUUACUCAUGUAUAUAAAUGAAGCAAGAAAGUCGUGUGAGUACUUUGAUAUGAUUAUGAGCAGUAAUAAAUUGUGCUUGAGACGUAGUUAUCAGUAAAUAUUACUGUAUAACAUUGUGUGAUUUUAUCAAAAUAAAAUUUUAUCCAUAAUGGAGUUAUACUCAGCCACAGUGCCUGAGUUUUAUCCUUAUUUCCUGUUUUGCUUUUUGUAUUAUUCUUGGUUUAAAAUAUUAGUUUAGCAGUUUAACAAAAAUAAACUCGCAGUAAAAUAUUUUCACUUUUUCCAUAUUGUGUCUAAAGUAUUUUAUUCUUGCAGAUGAAUCGUCUGGAUGAAUUUAUAGAAGAUUGUUUGAGGGAGCAUAACACAAAAAGAACCGCUCAUGGCGUGUGUACUUUACGGCAUAGUCGUGCAUUAGACAAAACAGCACAGGACUGGGCUGAAGAAUUAAUAUCUGAAGAUGGAAUAAAAAACAGCCCACUUUCUAGUCGAGGAGAGGUCGGAGAAAGUAUUAGCGUACGAACAAGCACAGGAACUCAUGUGGACAUUCAAGGCGUUGAAGUUGUAAAUCAGUGGUAUGCUGAUGUCAAGAACUAUAGUUACGAAAGUGGGAAGGGACCUGCAGGAAACUUUACACAACUAGUGUGGAGUUCUACUCGUGAAGUCGGUUUUGGCAAAGCACGCGGUCCGGGAAAGUGUGUUGUUGUUGCACACUAUCGUCCUCCAGGAAACGUUCUAGGGAGAUAUCUGGAGAACGUUUUUCGUCCCAAAGAACUACCAAAGGAAAGUGUGCACCAAUCAAAAAGUGAUGCAUCUGUUCCCAAUGCUGAUGUUCCAAAAACAGUUAUCACUGAAACAUUGAAGGAAAAUGAUGGAAAACUGUACAACGUUCGAAGGGAGAUUUCAGAGUCGACUGAUGAAACAGGAAAGACGAGAAGAUGUAUCAAUGAAGUGUAUACGGAUGCUCGUGAAAAUCAAGCAAUUAUGGCAUCUGGCGAUUCACAAAAGAAUCAUUUUGUUGAUCGCAGUAAACAUCGUGAAGAGUCUAUUCAUGCUGUUGUUGAACUUCAUAAUCAAUACCGCAGUCAACAUGAAUCCAGCCCCCUCGUACUUGAUCCGAAUCUUUCGGAUAUGGCUCAACAAUGGGCUGAUAAUUUACUUCAACAAACACAUUUAUCAAACAGUGGAUAUAUUUAUCAAGGUUUACGAGUUGGAGAAAAUGUGGGAAGUCGUUGGUCUAAUGGACGAAUAGAGGAUAACUGCAAAGAAUUAAUUGAACACUGGUAUCAAGAAUCAGAAAAGUUCAAAUAUGAAACAGAACCUGAUAGUAUUCAGGGUAUUGGCAAUUUCACUCAGAUAGUAUGGUCAGGUUCACAGAGUAUUGGAGUUGGUAUCGCAAGUAAAUCGUCGUAUGAAUCAGAAGACUCAAUGAAUAGAGAUUCAAAACUAAUUAUUGUUUGUUUGUAUUAUCCUCCGGGAAAUGUGAUUGGCCAGUUUAAAAAGAAUGUUAAAAAGGGUAUUCAAUUAAAUACUGGUGCUUAG